AUGGCAACUUCAACCAAGCCUGUUCUUCAUGGAUACUUCAGAAGUUCUUGCUCCUGGAGGGUCCGGAUUGCAUUUGCACUAAAAGGCCUUGAGUAUGAGCAGGUUCCUGUAAAUCUGAUCAAGGAUGGAGGUCAGCAGCAUUCACAGCAUUACCAAGAACUAAACCCAAUGCAACAAGUCCCUGCAGUUGAAAUUGAUGGCAUGAUAAUAUCUCAAUCCUUGGCAAUUAUUCAGUACAUGGACGAGACCAGACCAGGGCCACGGCUUCUCCCUGCAGAUCCCAAGAAACGCGCCCAUGUUCGGAUGAUAAGCGAUGUUAUUGCCUCUGGGAUACAGCCUCUACAGAAUCUGUCUGUUUUACAAAAAAUAGGAGCCGAGAAGGUUCAGUGGGCACAGCAUUUCAUCAACCGAGGGUUUGAAGCCCUGGAACCUAUUCUGAAAGAAACAGCAGGGAAAUACUGUGUUGGAGAUGAGAUUUCCAUGGCUGACAUCUGUCUAGUCCCCCAGGUUUACAACGCUGAGAGGUUUAAAGUGGAUGUGGAACUGUACCCAACCAUCAAAAGACUGAAUGAGACUUUGAUAGAGAUUGAAGCUUUCAGAACGAGUCACCCGUCGUGUCAGCCGGAUACUCCUGAGGAUCUACGUCAACCUUAA